AUGACGUCUUUGGCAUCGCGUAUCCACGGAAUACAACUAUCUAGAGGUGCAUCAUCGGGGUCGAGCACCAUCACAGUUUGCAAAGGUCUUCGCGGCUGCGAUGAGUGUAAUGGUAGAAGGCUCAUGAACGGCCUUUGUGAGGUCUCACGGGGCAUUUUCAUCGUCGUGGGCUACAGUGGUUUUCGCGAUCACAAAACUCCGGGGCAGGUGUCCACGAGUAGGGUCCACGACCAUGAAGGUCCUGGACCCGUGCUCAACGGGCUUGACCGGGUCGGGUCGGCGGGCCGGGCGGCCCGUGGCCACGUUACUGGAACCAACCCACACGUGACACGCCCCCCAAGUGCAAAUUUCAGUAAAAUUAGCGGCGAAAGUGUGAUAUAUAAUUUCCAUUUCUCAUCCUCGGUUGACCGCUUAAACGUCGUCGUCUUACCGCAAUUCUGUGACCUGAAGGCCCUCACCAGCUUCAAAUCCUACAUCCAUUUUUCUCAUUUCAAUUGCAUUCCGUGGGCAAUGGUGGGCGCUUCAUUGACUGGCUUGCAAGAUCAUCUGAAGUUGGCGAGAGAAUACGCCGUGGAAGGACUCUACGACACCUCCGUUAUCUUCUUCGAUGGCGCCAUUGCUCAGAUCAACAAGCAUUUGAAUACAGUGGAUGAUCCCGUGCUUCGUACUAAAUGGAUGAACGUAAAGAAAGCUAUUUCUGAAGAAACGGAGGUGGUGAAGCAGUUGGAUGCUGAGAAAAAGUCGUUCAAGGAGGUUCCUGUUGGCAGGCGGCCCAGCUCUCCUCCUAUUUCAACCAAGUCUUCUUUUGUUUUUCAACCGUUGGAUGAAUAUCCCACUUCUUCUGGGGCUCCGAUGGAAGACCCUGAUGUGUGGAGGCCUCCUACUCGGGAUCCUACAGGUAGGAGGCCUACGAGAGCGGGUCAAGUGGGCAUGAGAAAGUCUCCACAGGACGGAGCUUGGGCCCGUGGUGGAUCCACUAGAACAACUGCACGUGGGGGGAGGACUGGUGCCACUAGUAAAGUCAACACAGGAGUUCGAUCAUCCACGGCUGGGAAGAAAGGCUCUGUGAAAUCAAGCUCUGGAAAAGCAGAUUCUGUUAAUGGUGAUUCUGAGGAUGGCAAGCCCAAAAAAGUUCAAUAUGAAGGUCCUGAUGCUGACUUGGCUGCUAUGCUUGAAAGGGAUGUCUUGGACUCCAGCCCUGGUGUUAGAUGGGAUGAUGUAGCUGGGCUUACUGAAGCCAAACGACUUUUAGAGGAAGCUGUGGUUCUUCCGUUGUUGAUGCCUGACUAUUUUCAGGGAAUUCGGAGGCCAUGGAAAGGUGUCCUCAUGUUUGGGCCUCCAGGAACUGGGAAAACUCUUCUUGCUAAAGCAGUUGCCACCGAGUGUGGAACAACUUUCUUUAAUGUUUCUUCAGCAACUUUGGCCUCAAAAUGGCGUGGAGAAAGUGAGAGAAUGGUCCGGUGCUUGUUUGAUCUUGCAAGGGCUCAUGCUCCCAGUACAAUAUUCAUAGAUGAGAUUGAUUCUCUUUGCAAUGCUCGUGGGGCUUCUGGAGAACAUGAAUCAUCCAGAAGGGUGAAGUCUGAGCUUCUGGUUCAGGUUGAUGGUGUCAAUGCUUCUUCAACCAAUGAGGAUGGUACACGCAAGAUUGUGAUGGUUUUAGCUGCUACUAAUUUUCCUUGGGAUAUAGAUGAGGCGUUGAGGAGGCGGCUGGAGAAAAGAAUAUACAUACCAUUGCCUAAUUUCGAGAGUCGUAAGGAGCUUAUUAGGAUAAAUUUGAAAACCGUGGAGGUGGCUGCUGAUGCGGACCUAGACGAGGUGGCUCGGAAGACAGAAGGGUAUAGUGGGGAUGACCUGACGAAUGUGUGCCGGGAUGCAUCACUUAACGGGAUGAGGCGCAAGAUAGCUGGGAAAACACGAGACGAAAUCAAGAACAUGUCAAAGGAUGAGAUCUCCAAUGACCCGGUUGCCAUGUGUGACUUCCUUGAAGCCAUUGCCAAGGUUCAACCGAGUGUCUCGGCUAUCGACAUCGAGAAGCACGAGAAGUGGUUUUCAGAAUUUGGGUCAGCUUAA